UUAAGGGUGGGGGUGGGGAACUAUGGCAGAGAUUUCAUGUAAACUACCUUUUUGUAUGUGAUUCCUGUUUUAACCUUUUUUUUUUUUUUUCUGGAGCCAAACCUGCUUGUGCUUAGCCAGACCAGAGAAGGGGAAGCUGGAACUUUUGGAUGCGAAGGAAGAAAUCAUUGUACAAAUUUUUUUUUGCAGGCUCAUAAAUAUCUGUUUAUUCUUUUAACCUCACGGAUGUGUCUAUUUUGGGAGAAACAAGGAAACAUAAAUGCCUGGGUUGCAUUUAUGCUGUAGUUGCAAACACCAAACAGUUAAGAAGAUUUUGCCGAAUUGUGCAAAGCAGCCAACCGCCUUGGGAUCGUGGUAAUGCAACUGGGAAGACCCUUGCUCUCAUUUGGCAAUAUUUUGGAUAUCCUUGUAAUGACACCAAAAUAUGCCUUAAUUUGACUAAGAAGAGGUUAAACAAUAUUGAUAGUCAUCCAAAGUGAUUUUUUUUUUAAAGCAGAUGCUUGGCUUUCAUGGAAAUAUAUGGGAGUUGUGGAAGAUUCAUUUAAACUACCAGCCAAAAGCAUCAUAGCCCACUGAAUUGGUCUGCAUCGUACAUCACACUUUCUUUUCAUCGUUAUUACGUAAAACCUCUGGUAGCACCUUGGGCGAUUUACGUUUUCUUUUCUUUGCUGCAGAAGCAAGCUGCUCCCUGGAAUUCUGACCUGCGGUGAACAGGACCCAGGCAAAGGCUAUGCUGGGCACUCUAGGACGAUCCCGCCUCCAAUCCAGUCUGGUUAAUUGUGAAAAGUAUACACAUUUCUAGCUUAUCUAUGCUUUGUUAUGGGUCUGACGUGCAACUACCUCCUCCCCACCCCACCCCUCAGCAGAGAAUCCAAAUCCAGUUGAAUUGUUACAGUGUUUCGGACCUGGAGACUUGAACUGCUUCCUUGGUCAAAUAACUUUGUUUCUGGUUAUAAAAACGCAUUACAGGAAAAAAAAAAAAGAAAGAAAGAAAGAAAGAAAGGAAAGAAAGAAAGAAAGAAUAAUCGAGAAAUUCAAAACGUAAGUCCGUACUGGGGCGGUUCACCGCGAGGGUUUAACUUUGGAGCUCACAGUCGGUCGGUCUCCUUUCCCAUUCCCAUAAGGGAAAUACCAGGCUAUUCUGCACAUUUUCACUUAAGCUCCAUUUUCCAAAGGAAAAGGGGGUGGGGGUGUGUCUAUUUAGGCUUGAUAAUGUUUUUAAAAUGCUUUUCUUUGAAAUGAUAAUAGCCGUAGCGGUAAAAUGCAAAUAAAGCAAAAAUAGGCAAUAUUCCUUUAAAGGCGAAUAUACAGUUUUUUUUUUUUUUUUUAAGCGUACACACACUGGUUCAGAUGAAGUCUGUGAGUCAGGCUGUUUCUGAGCUCCGAUAGUUUAAUGGAAAGAUUUAUAUACCGACUGUAUUAUUUACUUUGGGAGGGGAGGUGGCAGUAUAAGGGUAUGCUAAUUAGUGGGAGAUUUUGGGGGGAAGGGGUGGAAUAUCAAUUUUUAUUGCAUCACCUGUCAGGAGUGUCCAAUCAGCGCUGGCUUUAGGGGAAUUAAUUGAUGAAGGUGUCUCCGGACGAGCUCACUUCACUCUGUCAUUUUAUUUGUAGCUAAAGCAGCGGCGGGAAUAGCAGCUGCAUUUCUUUUCUCUUUCUCCCUUCACAUUCCAUUAUCAUAGUGCUCCAAUGGAGAAGGAAGGAAUAGAGGGGCCCAGGUACUGAUCUGCAUCGGGGACUUACACCAACACACUGGCAGAUCAGAAGCCGGAUGGUUUUUUCCCUCUUUUUCAAAAAAACGAAAACCAAAAAAAAAGCAAGAAUCAAGUCAGUGUAAUUUCAUGGUUUUUUCUUUUUUUUCUUCCCAAUAAUUUUGCCUAGAGUUUGGCACUCCCUUCGCCGGGAAUAACAGUCUUUGUUAUUUUAUUAGCAGGAUGCCUUGAGACACACGCAGCAUCUGGUGGAGGAUUAACAUACAUACAUGUGUAUGUAUGCGUCACGUAUAUAUUUGCUGCAAAUGGUGGGGAUCAUUUAGUGCCCGAGAUGGGAGACCUGAAGUCAGGUUUUGAAGAGGUGGAUGGCGUGAGGCUCGGCUACCUCAUCAUUAAAGGAAAGCAAAUGUUUGCCCUCUCCCAAGUCUUCACGGACCUGCUGAAAAACAUCCCGAGGACGACCGUGCACAAGCGCAUGGAUCAUCUGAAAGUGAAGAAGCACCACUGCGACCUGGAGGAGUUGAGGAAACUCAAGGCCAUCAACAGCAUCGCCUUCCACGCCGCCAAAUGCACGCUCAUCUCCCGGGAAGACGUGGAAGCGCUCUACACCUCCUGCAAAACCGAGCGGGUCCUCAGGACCAAGCGCAGGAGGGUCGGCCGGGCCCUGGCCACAAAGGCGCCGCCGCCAGAGUUUCACCUGGUUAACAGCUUCUGCCCGCCUCCCCACCACCACCACCACCAUCACCACCACCACCACCACCACCACCGGGCCCAGCCGCCGCCGCACAGUCACCCUCAUCACCACCGGCCGCAGCCCCAUCUGGGCAGCUUCCCCGAGAGCUGCAGCAGCGACUCGGAGUCCAGCUCCUACUCGGACCACGCAGGCAAUGACUCCGACUUUGGCUCCAGUUUGUCCAGCUCCAGCAACUCCGUGUCCUCGGAGGAGGAGGAGGAGGGCGAGGGGGAGGAGGAAUGCGAGGAGGAGGAGGAGGAGGAGGGAGAGGAGGAGGGGGGCAGCGGGGCCUCGGAGUCCAGCGAGGUCAGCUCGGAGGAGGAGGACUCCUCGUCGGAGUCGGACUCCAGCUCCGGCUCCAGCCAAGUGUCAGUGCAGAGCAUCCGUUUCAGGCGCACCAGCUUCUGCCAGCCGCCCGGCGUGCAGGCGCAGGCCAACUUCCUGUACCAUCUGGCCUCCGCCGCCGCCGCCACCAACCCCGCUGCUUUCGAGGGUGCAGGCCGACUUCCCGACCUCAAGAGCAGCUUCAAAGCCGAGUCGCCGGAGGAGUGGACUCUGCAGGGCUGGGCCCCCAAAACGUCUCCGGUGUACUGCCCGGCCGGCCUGGGGAGUUGUUUCACGGAGAUAAGGAACGAUAGAGUAUCUGCGAUUACAUUCCCACACUCUGAAAUCUCCAGUACUGUAAAGAGAACUGACCUGACAAUUAACUGCCUGGCGGAGGGGGCCUCUUCACCUAGCCCAAAGACAAACAAUGCAUUUCCACAACAAAGAAUACUCCGAGAAGCUAGGAAAUGCCUGCAAGCAACUCCUACUACACACUGUGCCGAUAGCAACACAAUAGCGGCUAGGUUCUUCCAUAACGGUUCUUCACGAGCAGCAGCAAAUUCUGAAAAAGAUUCCAAAAUCCCCCCUUGUACUGAAUUUGCUACGGUUUUGCCCCCUUUGCGGACUGAUCUUGGGGUGGAUGCAGCAGCACCACCGACGAAAGCCGAGAAUCCCUGCACUGACACAGGCGACAAGACACUGCCAUUUCUGCACAAUAUUAAAAUCAAAGUCGAAGACAGUAGUGCUAAUGAAGAAUAUGAACCUGACCUUAUUACAAAUAAGCUAAAGUGCGAGUGCAAUGAUACAAAGGGUGAGUUUUACAGUGUGACUGGAAGUAAAGAGGAGGACGCCUUGCUAACCACAGCCAAGGAAGGGUUUGCAUGCCCUGAAAGAGAAACUGCUUCCUUAAAUCUACUGGCUCCCAGUCAGGGCCUUUCAUGCACUUUAGGUUCUCCCAAACCUGAGGAUGGGGAAUAUAAAUUUGGUGCCAGGGUGAGAAAAAAUUACCGGACACUAGUCCUGGGAAAGCGACCAGUACUUCAGACACCUCCAGUCAAACCAAAUUUGAAAUCAGCUAGAAGUCCUCGUCCUACAGGUAAAACUGAGACACAUGAAGGAACACUGGAUGAUUUUACAGUUAUAAACAGACGCAAAAAGGUAGCCAGCAAUGUAGCAUCAGCAGUGAAAAGGCCGUUUAAUUUCAUGGCAAAUUUUCCUUGUCCACCAUCACUCAUUAUUGGGAAGGAUGGGGAUUUGUGGCCGGCGUAUUCCUUAAACACCACUAAGGAUUCCCAACCUCCUCAUAAGGCCCAUCCUAUCUGGAAAUGGCAGCUGGGCGGUUCUGCAAUACCUCUUCCACCUAGUCACAAAUUCAGGAAAUUUAAUUCAUAAAAGUGUUUUGGAAGAUAUUUUCUUGAACUGUAUUACCUUCCUUUUGUUGUAAACUGCACAGGAUGGUUUGUACAAGUCCAUUAAUGUGUUACACCCCUUUUGGAGUCCUGGUUUAUCGCAUUUUGAAGACAGAAAUCGGAUUACUUUUUUUUUCCAU